UCCCCGCUCGCCCCUCACCCGGUGGGCCGGCCCAGGUGCCCGCCCCGCCCCGCUGGUAUCCUAGAAAAGCGCUGCUGGAGACCAGGAGCUGCUCCGAGGUCCCGAGAGUUUCCCUUGCCGACCAUGAAGAACCCGGUGCCACAGGCGGCGUCGCUGCUGCUGGAGAAGCUGAUGCUCCUCGUCCACAUCCGGCCAUUGCCCGCGGGCUCCGGCGGUGAAACGCCACCGCCUGCACCCGGCUACUACGACACCAGCUGCUUCAAGCGAGGAGACCUGCUGGAGGUGCCCCGCACUCUCUUCAUUCACUUCGGCAUUUACCUGGGCGAGAACCGCGUCGCCCACAUGAUGCCCGACAUCCUGCCCUCCAUCACCGGCGACCGUCGGCUGAUCCAGCAGGUGGUGACCAACAAGCGGCUCAUCCUGGGCGUCAUCGCUAGGACGGCCAGCGUCCGGGUGGACACCGUGGAAGACUUCGCCUACGGCGGCAACAUCCUGGUCAACCACAUGGACCGGCUCUUCGAGAACCAGGUACUGAGCAGCGAGGAAGCGGCCCGCCGGGCGGAGAAGCUGGUGGGUGCCACGGCCUACAGCCUGCUCUGGAACAACUGCGAGCACUUCGUCACCUACUGCCGUUACGGAGCUCCCGUCAGUUUCCAGACCGACAAGUUCUGUGAGACUGUGAAGAUGAUUAUUCGGGACCAGAGGAGCGUGCUUGCAUCGGUGCUUGUGGGACUAGCGUCAAUAGUCUGCCUAGGUGUGGCACCCUCCACCACACUCCCCACCAUCUUCAUUCCCUUCUUUCUGUGGAUGGCUGGCUAACAGCUUUCCUGGAGGCUUGUAUCCAGCGUCUGUAUAUAGGAUGUAUACUACUGUACUUAUGAAAGCACACGUUAUUCAUUGGCAUCGUGUAAAGUUUCUUAACUUUGUGCAUAAUUUUAAAAUACAAUGUAGAACACAGUGCACAAGGCAUAGCUUACUGUGUAAGCCAAAUAACAGAUUUCCUGAAAAUCUUGGUAUAAUUUAACACACCUUUAAAUCAUGGAAAAUGUAGGGUCGCAAUGCAGUUCUGCUCCUUGUCCUUAGCCAAAAAUCAUUCUAAUAACAUCCUUCAUCUUCUUCUUAAUAAAAAUGGAUAAUGGUGUUCCACAGAGUGAUGGAAAUGGAGAACAAACUGCUUACCUCUUCUUUUUAUAGAUAUAGUAUAUAUUCAGAAAUUACU